CGAUAUGAAUAUUAUUUGUGUAGAAAUUGAAGUUCCAAAAUAACAUAAUACAAUAAUAAUGAAGAAAUAGGAGAUUAAAUGGUAUUAAUAUGAGAAAUUUUUUUAGGUGUGAAUUUCAAAUUUGGUACCAUUUCUAGACUAGAGGGCGCUUAUUUCAGCUAUGACGCAUGCAUUUGCAUGUAUCAUGUUAGUGAAUUGUUUUGUUUACGCUCAACAAUUAGUUGGUUAACUUAAUUCAUAAAUAUUGUUAUGUCGUAUUUGUAAAAUAUGAAUUAUCGAUUAUGAUUAGAAAACAGUUUACAAGUGUUAACGAGAUCUUACAAAGUUUACCAAAGUAUUCGAACAUGAUCGAGAUUUAACCUGACUAAUACUCGAUAUGACCUCAUGCCAUAAACUCGCGGUGUGGUCAUUGAAUUAAUAUAAAAUAUAGAAAAUGAAAUAUUUAUCUUUGUUCUAUUUGAAAAUAUAAUCAGAAUAAUCGAUGAAAAAGAAAAAGAAAAUAAAUAUGGCUACUAUAAUAUUACUUCUUAGUGUAACUUUAGUAUAUGGGCAGGAGUAUGAAGGUUGUUUUAAGAGUCCUGCUGUGGAUCCUGAUUUAUCUUCUUUAAUUUCAAGUCGUAUUACUGCUCCUACCGAAUGCAUCGAACAAUGUCAUUCGUUUGAUUACAUGUUUGCUGGAUUGCAAAAUGGACAAAGAUGUUAUUGUGGUAGUAAGUUUGGUAAAAAUGGCUUAUCUAAUUCUUGCAUUCCUUGUAUUGCUGAUGCAUUUAAAUUUUGUGGAGGUCAGGAAGCUAUGAGUAUAUAUUCGACUGGACAAAAAGGCCCUAGUAGACCAAGAGCAAUUCAGAUAAUUCCUCAAAAAGAUGAUAGUUUCUUAAUUACAUGGCAGCCACCAGAUAUAUCAAAUGGAAAUAUUACAUCUUAUACACUGACUGCUAUUGCCAUUGAAACGCAUAGUUAUAAUAUUUUAUCGCCAAUAGAAAGUCAAGUACAAGGUGCUACAUCUAAUAGUACUAUUUUAAGGGGUCUUCAACCUGGUACUAAGUAUAAUGUAUCAAUUUCUGCAAGUAAUUCACAAGGAAUUAGUAAGCCGGCUUAUGCUACCGAAUGGACCUCUAUAGGUCCACCUGAUAAACCAGAUACACCAGAAAUAUUAAAUAAGAAUAAGACUACCACGACAGUUAUGCUUUCUGAAGGAAGUAGCGAAAAUGGACCAGUGAGUGCUUAUCAAGUUGUAGUUGUUCAGCCUGGUACAAUACCUCCUGUGGGCUCAGAUGUUAUGUAUUUAAAUUACGAAAAGUCAUUUCAAGAAGGUUUAGGUUAUUAUAUAACAGCAGAAUUUGAUGCAUCAGACUUUCAUAAUUAUAAAAAAUUUGUGGUAGGAGAUGGGAGAUUAAUAGGCGGAUAUUACAAUGCUCCUUUAAAAACUGAACCAAUGCCACAAAUAGGGUUAGUGGUUAUAUCAAGAGCACAAGGAGAAGUGCAGUAUUCCUAUUCUAAUUUUACCAACAGUAUUCAACAAUUUCAACAAGAUGAAUUUCAUCAAAUGGAUUCUGUUGUUGUCAUUAUUUUACGUAUAGGAAUUAUUCUUUUAGGAUCUUUACUUAUUAUAUCCAUACUAAUAUUUUAUUUAGUUAGACGCCGUCAUGAAAAGGCCCAUAUUAUAAAACUUCCAGAGCAACAAGAAUUGACAUUACAAGGGCCAUUACAUGAAGUAGAUAACAUGGGAUAUAUUCCAGAAGAUGUACCAGAAAGGGUAAAUCAUUAUCAAGAAUUGAAAAACAAAGUUUGGAGUAUACCACAAAAUAAUUUAUCGAUUGAUAAUGCAGCCUUACGUAGAGGGCGAUUUGGUACAGUUCACUCCGGUACAGUACAAAAGGAUGAUAAAACUUUUUCUGUUGUUGUCCAUACUAUAGCCGAUCGUUCGUUAAAACCGUCAGAUAAGCAAGCUAUGCUAAGAGAACUGGAUGUAUGCAUUAAGGCAUCAACAAUGAAGUAUCUUGCUGGUUUGGUUGGAACCUGUGAAACUUCAGAUACUUUAUAUGUUGUUCUAGAAAUGCCUCCACAGAUAUUGAAACAUUUAUUAUUAGCUGCUAGAUCUGGAACGAUAUUUCCAGUUGAUCAAAUGUUACCUAUUGGUUCUUCAAUUGCAUCUGCAUUACAACAUCUUGAAAAUUAUAAGAUCGUUCAUACUCAUUUAUGUGCUAGAAGUAUAGGCAUUACCAAUGAUUGGAUACCUAAGGUCAUGGGUCAUGGUAUUGCAAAAUAUGUCUUAGAAGAUGUAAAAUAUGCUCGGUGGAGGGCAACAGAGUGUUUUACUAGUAAAAAAAAGCAUCAACCAGGCGUUGUCUGGGCAUUUGGUGUACUUUUAUGGGAAAUGCUUAGUAUGGGUGGAACUCCAUACUCAAAUCUUCAAUUUGAUAGCGAAGUAGAGGAAGCAGUUGAGCAAGGCAUCAGAUUACCACAAUUACCAGAUAUGCCUGAUCCAUUAUACGAAGUGAUGUUGUCAUGCUGGCAAGUUGAUCCAGAAGAAAGGCCAACUUUUGAUGAGCUUGUGAGAUUGAAUACUUUAAGUAUAUGUCCCAUCACUGCAUUUACAGAACCAUACAUUCCUGAAUUGGAGCUGAAUUAAUCUCAUUAAGUAUAUAAUACUUAAAGCCACGUUUGAAUUGUUUUAUAGUAUUUGUAGAUAUAAUGUGAAAUGGUUAGUACUUAAAAUCAUUAUAUCUACCUCAGCCGACUUGCGCGACCAAGUAUGUUUGGAAGACUGAUGAAACCUUAUUUCUUAUUUUUUAAAAAAAUGAUUUUGGAUUAAAAACAAUAUUUAUGAUAUUCGAAAAGAAAAUUAUUAGAUUAUAAAAAUUCGUAUAAGUCGGAUGUUAAGUGUAAGUACAAUAAGUAAUUGAUUUAUUGUUACAUUAGUAAACAGUAAAUCGUGCUGAUAUCUAUUGCACCAUAUCUACUAUUUAUAUUUACAAGGUGUUCGUAAAUUAAGCUUUUUAUACACCAUAUGCAGUUACCAUUUAUAUACUCUAGAUUAGAUAAUAUUUAAUUUUAUUCAAUAUUUUUAAUGUAUAUUGGAUUUGUAUCUUUUUUUUAAUGGAUGUUUUCUUUUUUUAUACAAAUUUAUAACUACAAUUUCCGUCCAUAUUUCGCUAGGUAAAUAAUAGCAUUACUAUAUUUACCAUAAUAUAUUAUAUAUACUCUCUACUCGAACAUUCCAAAUGUACUAUAAAAAUAAAAAAAAAGUAUUUUUGUUUUAUAAUAUUAUAUACAAGAUCGAUAUUCAUAAUAUAUAUGCAAAGCGCUGAUACUUUACAAAAUAAAUCUGUAUGGUACAAAUCUAUUUUAAGAUAAUACAAAUAUAAAAAUAAUUGGCAUUUAAACGGAACCAUUCAAAAAAAAAAAAAAACAACUAAAUCA